AUGGAAAAUGCCGGGGCUUCUGUACUAGCCGCUGGGCACCAAUGUCCACCUGCUACUGUGGUUCAGAUCCUCCAAGACUUCAACGUCAACGUCCUCACCGGCGACAGCAGUCAGAUCAUAUCGAUAGUUCACCACAUAUCGGCCAUGCCAGACAUAAGGAAGAAGAUCAAGAUCAGAAAGGUAAUCUAUACCUCAGAAGGGCUUUCUACGAUGCAGAGAGUGCAAAUCUACAAGGUGCUGGCCCCGGUAGCCAUAUACUCUGUACUCGGAAGUGCAGAGGCUGGGCCAUAUGGAGCUAGCAGCCCUUUUCUCGUAGACUUUGACCCUCGUUCUAACCAUAAUGAUUUUGUUAUCGAUACACGGAUGACUAUCAUUGAGAUCCUCCCGUUAUCUUGCACGGGAAGCGAAAGUGACGGGAUCACUGAACCACUGCCGGACGGAGAAACAGGUGUCAUUACACAAACGGUGCUGACACGUCUACGCCACCCUGUGAUACGUUACAUAACUGGCGACAUCGGUUCUCUUCACCCUCUACCACAAAAGGCCGUCGAUCGCGUUGCCAAACAUGAUCUACCUCAUUAUCGCGUUCUUCGCCUGCAGGGCCGCGACCAUCGCUUCAGUUUCAUGUGGGAUGGAUGUGACUUUCAGUUCGCUAAACUCAAUACGAUAUUAUCUAAUACUCAGUCGGGAGUGCUCUUGUGGCAGGUGAUAUUAGACAAGAUGCAAUCGUCGGAAGAAAUUUCGUUGGAGAUUCGUCUGCUGAGCGGCCAGAGCUCGGGGGAUGCAGUGCACUCGCAGACCUUGUUGGACCGGCUGAAGGCAUUUCUAGAUGUUAAUCCAUCUAAUGAGCACAAGUUCAAGAUCACUUUUGUGAAUGAUGUUCUUGGGUUUGAGCUUAGUGGGACAGGCCGAAAGGUCAUUCGGUUUGUUGACCACUCUUUCUAG